AUGGAUGCGUUCCGGAAGGUCGAAAAGAUCGGAGAGGGCACCUAUGGGGUGGUCUAUAAGGCCAAGAACAAGGAGACUGGGCAGAUUGUGGCCCUCAAGAAGAUCAGGCUGGAUGUGGAGACUGAGGGGAUCCCCAGCACUGCCAUCAGAGAGAUCUCCUUGCUCAAAGAAUUGAAGCACCCCAACAUCGUCAAACUGCUGGAUGUGGUCCAUAAAGAGAAGAAACUCUACCUGGUGUUCGAGUUCCUCACUCAGGACCUGAAGAAGCACAUGGAUUCCGCCCCCACCCCGGAGCUCCCGCUGAACGUAGUCAAGAGCUACCUGUCCCAGCUGCUGCAGGGGCUGAAUUUCUGUCACUGCCAUCGGGUCAUCCACCGAGACCUGAAGCCUCAGAACCUGCUUAUCAAUGAGUUUGGAGCUAUCAAGCUGGCUGACUUCGGACUGGCUCGAGCCUUCGGGGUUCCCAUGCGUACCUACACCCACGAGGUGGUGACACUGUGGUACCGUGCCCCCGAGAUCCUCUUGGGCAGCAAGUUCUAUACAACAGCUGUGGACCUCUGGAGCAUUGGUUGUAUCUUCGCAGAAAUGGUGAUUGGCAAACCUCUGUUUCCUGGUGACUCGGAGAUCGACCAGCUCUUUCAGAUCUUCCGUAUCCUGGGGACCCCCAGUGAAGCCACAUGGCCAGGAGUCUCCCAGCUGCCUGACUAUCAGAGCAGCUUCCCCAAGUGGACCAGGAAGGCACAGGAGGAGAUCGUGCCUAGUCUGGGACCGGAAGGCAAGGACCUGCUCCUGCAACUCCUGCAGUAUGACCCCCGCCGGCGGAUCACGGCCAAGACCGCCCUGGCCCAUCCCUACUUCUCUACCGAACACUCCUUAGCACCCCGCCAUUGCAUGGUGGAGCGUCUCUACCACUGAGAACACCUCUACCACCCCUCGCGCCCACCCAUUUCCAAUAAAGCAGAUUUGGAUAGAGCAUA